AUGUUGCAUACACCGAAAAAUUUGAGAAGUAAGGUGCAAGUAGGAGCACAGUCCGAAGACGGUGACAACCAAACAAACGAACCGGUUAGUGAACAAAAGAAGAAUCAGAAGAAGAAAGAACAAGUGAAAAAGAUGAAUGAAGAACUAAAAGUGAUAAACAUCCAAAUGGAUGCGCUGAAAAGAAAACUACAGCGAGUGCAGGUGGCUGUUGCAGAAGAUCCAGAAAUGCCGAGUCCUAAUUUGGCAAGCAAGCACUACCUGCAGUUGCAGCUCAAGACCAUCGAAGAUACGUUCGCAGACUACAACGACCAUCAGAAGCGUAUCUACGGACUGAACGUCGGUGAUGACGUCCAUACUGCAGCCGAGGUGAAGUAUAUCGAAUUCGAGCAACGAUACAGUGAGUUAUACGUUAUUAUUACUAAAUUGCUUGAUGAUAUUUCCCAACGGGAAAAAUUGGCGUUGAUGCAACCGGCGCCAGCAGCUUCACCUGCGGCAACCCCCGCUGUGGCAAUGCACUUGCCUCCAUUGAAGGUACCGUUACCCACGUUCGACGGUGCAUACGAGAAUUGGUACGCCUUCAAAUCAAUGUUCGAAACCAUCAUGGAUCGCUAUCAGUCGGAGUCGCCGGCGAUAAAGUUAUAUCAUCUCCGCAAUUCGUUGGUAGGUAAGGCGGCGGGGAUUAUCGAUCAGGAGAUAAUUAACAAUAACGAUUAUGCUACGGCAUGGGCAACGUUAACGGAGCGGUUUGAGAAUAAACGUCUAAUAAUCGAUAAGCAUAUCGAUGCGCUUUUCGAUCUCCCGAAGAUGUGUGGUGAAAACGCUGUCGACCUGCGAAGGUUGAUAGAUACCUGUACGAAAAAUACCGAUGCCCUCAAGAACCUCAAUCUGCCCGUUGAUGGACUAGGAGAAAGCAUGCUGAUAAACCGUAUCUCGAAGAAAUUGGAUGACGAAACUCGCAAGGCCUGGGAGCUGGAUCAAGGCGCAAACGGAAUGCCAGACUAUGAUUCUACGAUGAAAUUCCUGAGAGAACGUUGCCGUGUACUGGAGAAAAUUCGUCCAACGGAGAAGCGCCUAACGAAACCACCGAUCAAAUCAGUUAAGCAGAUAGUCGAAGCGAAAUCCAAAGGUAGCAGUUUCGUUGUGACCUCGGAAAAGUGUCCGCAAUGUUCCAGCAAUCAUAAGUUGUGGAAAUGCGAUGCUUUCAGAAAGGUGCCUCUGGCGGAACGUUACGGUACUUUGCGACGAGUCGGAGCAUGUUUCAACUGUCUUCAAAAGGGACAUCGCACGGCUGAGUGCUCAUCCGAGCAUUCUUGUAAAAAGUGUAGCAAACGGCACCACACCAUGCUACACCCGACUGAGAAUCCAGCUAAAAAGAACGAAUCGCCUGUGCCACCGACCGUAACUCCAGCCGGAGAACAGAAGACAUCGAAUCAGAAUCGUGAAGCUUCUACCAGUGGUGACAACUCGAAGUCCGAAGGUAGAAACGAACAACAGCGGUCGAGUCUCUGUACCCGACCUGAAACGGGCAAGCAGAUAUUGCUUUCUACAGCAUUGAUUCUUGUAUACGGUAGGGCUAGCAAUCCCUAUCCUUGUAGAGUCCUCCUUGAUUCCGGUUCACAUACGAACUUUGUGUCGGAACAGUUCGCGACACUGUUGGGACUGAAGAAGCAGCCAGCUCACUAUUCGAUCAGCGGAUUGAAUGAAACGCAAACGAAAGUACGUUUCAAGAUCUUUGCGAAGCUGGAGUCUCGAACAACGGACUACUCCACUUGCCAGGAGCUACUGGUUGUGCCGAAGAUAACUGGAGAUUUGCCAAUUACGAAGAUCGACCCCCGAAGGAUCACUGUUCCAGAAGCUAUCGAACUGGCUGAUCCGAAAUUUGGAAUUCCUGAUAAGGUUGAUAUGCUGCUUGGUGCCGAAGUAUUUUUUGAUAUGCUGAAGUCAGGACGUGUUCGAGUACCAGAUUGCGCGGCCGUGUUCCAGGAAACGCAGUUUGGCUGGGUUCUCAGCGGACCCAUACCAGAAGAGAAACAAGUCUUUCAUUCGUUUUGCGUUCGAGCUGAAGAGGACGUUGGGCACUCGUGA